AUGGUAACUAGGGGGCGGGGCAUAAUCAUCUUCUAUCUCUCGCCUCUCUCUCUGCUGCAGGUGGCCAAGCAGAGGAGGACAGUUAAGAUAGCCAGGAUAACUGCAAUGGCGGAGACAAGGACUGUCCACUCAGAGGGUCAGAAGCACACCCAUCUUCACGCCUGCUCCACACCCAUCAGACCACCCCCUGUGCCGAGGGCCCUCAACGAUCCAGUCAACCAACUACCCACUGACAGAACCACUCAAGACAUCACUGGACAACUAGUCAUAAAAAUUGACCACCAACAACAAGAAGAUGGCCGAGUUGUGACGUUUGGUCAGCAAAAGGAGAUUGGCAAAAGAAGAACCAAGAGAGCUCAUCAAAGGCUUCAAAGGCUACAAACUAAGCCAAGAAAACCGUUUGUUGUGUCGAGGAACCCACCUAAGACAAGGCCUCAGAUUGAGCGCAAAGAAUUGAAAGAGAAGGCAGCUCACUUGGAGACAGAGCUGUCCACAGUCAGGAAAGGGAGUCUUGGAUUCCCUGAUCGUCUGUCAGAGGUCCAGUGCUCCAUAGAGAGGGCUCAGGAGGAGCUGGACAUGAUAUGGGUAACCAUUGCUGAGAAAGACACACAGCUGCUGCAUGCACAUGACCAACUUCUAGGAUUGAGACAGUGUUUUGCACAUGUUCUGGCAGGAUUGAAACCGGUGGACAGUUGCAAGUCAUGUGAUCACACUCAUCUAUCACGUGACAACGGGUAUGAACUAUCCUCCCAACUGGUGGACAAGCUUCAAUCUUUGGUCAACGAUGGAAAUGUGGAAAGGUUUCUACUGGAAGUGGCACUCACGACGACACGGCUGGUGGGAACAGCAACAACUGCUCAGACACCCAACUCUACACUACCGGAGGCAGAACUAGGUACAAUACAGUACAAACUCUGUCUCGAACCCAGUCAUCACCCCCCUCAACCUGUCGUUUGAACUCCACCCCCUACCUCAACCCACUGUACCGCCUGAUUAUAAUCAUAUCACAGUAAAUGCAAUGAACAAUUAUCAUAGAGUCACUAUAAUUAUUUCAUAACUUAUGAGCAGAAUAAUUAAUGUGCAAACAUUGAUAGUACCUUG